GACCCUGCAGAGCGACCUGCUCGCCUACUGCGCAUGCUCCAGGCUGGACAGCUCCAGAGAGGGAAAUUUAAAAACGGUUAGGAGGUCGAGACAGCAGCCAAAUUUGCAAAGAGAGAGAUCCCCUUAGAGACCCGAGAGGUGCCAGCCGCGGCAGAACUCACUCCAGGAGAUGAUAGAAAGUGAUAUCUCGUCCAUAAUGUCAGGAAUUAUUAGAAAUUCAGGGCAAAAUCAUCACCCGAAUUCGCAGGAAUACAGACUCCUGACUUCGGGCCCCGCCCAGCCGAGUGAGGACAACGUCCACACUGACCUGGAGUCUCUCUCGUGGCUGACGUCUGUGGAUGUGCCGAGGCUGCAGCAGAUGACGAGUGGCCGGAUGGACUUCAGCGCCCCAGGCUCCCUGAUGCAGCAGACAGGUCCCAUGGCAGCAAACAUGCAACCCAUGGGUGCCCCGGGCACCGUGAUCCACAUGCCAGCCAGCAUGCCCCCUCAGGGGAUCCUGGGACUGGACAGCAUGGCCACACACGGAGCAAACCUGAACCAGUAUCCGGUGGGAGCCCAGCUCUAUCCAAGCGUGCAGAGCCAGCAGCCGCCGUUCCCCCUGGCCCAGGACCCUCAGCGGGCGCUGCUGUCGACCGUGGGGCCUCUGCCGGAUCCCCAGUGCUCACCCGCUGGAAUGUACAGAGUCUCCUAUGGGUCCCAGCCACAGUUCCCGCCCCCCCGGUUCGCGCCGCCCUUGGCCAAGGACCUGCACCCCAAACCCUACCCCAAGCCCAUCUACUCGUACAGCUGCCUCAUUGCCAUGGCCCUGAAGAACAGCAAGACAGGAAGCCUCCCCGUGAGCGAGAUCUACAGCUUCAUCAAGGAACACUUCCCUUAUUUCAAGACGGCUCCGGAUGGCUGGAAGAAUUCCGUGAGGCACAACCUGUCCCUGAACAAGUGCUUCGAGAAGGUGGAGAACACGAUGAGCGGGUCAUCACGCAAGGGUUACCUGUGGGCCCUCAACCUGGCCCGGAUCGAUAAGAUGGAGGAGGAGAUGCACAAGUGGAAACGGAAGGACCUGGCGGCCAUUCACCGGAGCAUGGCCAAUCCCGAGGAGCUGGACAAGCUGAUCACCGACCGGCCCGAGAGCUGCCGGCCUGCGAGGAAGCUGCCGGGGUCCCAGCUGGUGCCCACGCCAGCCCCCGAGGGAUGGAAGCCCGUCUCCCAGCUCCCGACCCAGCCCAUCGUCAACCUGACCCUACAGGCCGUCCCCCGGCACCACCCCCACGCCCACCACCACAUCCAGACCCGGGCCCGCCUCACCCCCGACUCCCCGGCCCCCGCCCAGACCCCUCCGCUGCACGCCCUGCCCGACCUCCACCCCAGCCCCCUCCCCCCGCCUCCCCCGGGCCAGGCCCCGACCGACUUCCUCAACGUGACGGCCGACGCGAACCCCGAAGUGGACGCCCUGGACCCUAGCAUCGUCGACUUCGCCUUGCAAGGGAACAUCUGGGAAGAAAUGAAGGAUGACAGUUUCAACCUUGACACCCUCGGUGCCUUCAGCAACUCCCCCCUCCAACUAUCAGACUGUGAGCUGGGGGCUUCCGGUCUCACCCCCGCCUCCAGCGGCAGUGACCAGUCCUUCUCAGACUUGCAAGUGACCGGUCUCUAUACCACCUACAGCGCUCCAGACGUGUCUUCCUCCUCCUCCUCCUCCGCCCCGUACCUGGGCACCCCAGGCACCAAGCCCAUCGCCUUGCUUUAAGCCAGUUCUCGUUUUUAGGACUCCCGCGGCUUAUGCCCGGAUUGGGGCCUGAAGGGUGGGGCCGGGGGGAGGGGCAGAUCGCGGGAGACUCCGUCCCCAUCAGGAACACGAGCAGAACGGCGGGGUGAGGCCCAAGGGAAUCCGGGGACUUUCGACCCCGGGCACAACCACGGAACAGCCGCCAAGAAGGCCCGCGGCCGUCGACCAGUCACCUCGGAACGUAGAUUUGAGCUAGCCCGGCAUUAGAGUAAUCAAGGGUUCGCACUCUUGACGCCAAACACUAAACGACCCUCUGCGUCUCUGAGCGUCGACCCCAAAUCCAGGCCCGCUCGACAGGAAGGACCUUCCAGCCUCUUGAGUUCUUGUUGAUUCAACUACUCAGUCAAUCCACGGCAUUUAGGGAGCGCAUCCUGUACGCAGAGCACUGUACUAAGCUCUCGGCACUGUCUUUUUGGUUUGGAUGCCGGUCUGCUGAACCUCUCUCCGCUCCAGAGACAGAAAACCCGAGGACCGUCCCUACCGAGUCUCAACCCCGUACCUUAACACAAAAACUCUCGGGGAUUCAAGUGACAGAACCACUCUGUGAUGAAAUACUGAAUUCGGAAAGAGGCCCCAGUUAGCGAUUUAGGUUAGAGAACUACCUUUCUUGUUGACCUAAACCCCAGAAUCCCUUAGAUCGCAGUAGACUAGUUCUCGUGGACUGUGCUAGCCAGUAUUAUAUUUGUAAAUUUAUUUAUAUUUAUUGUCUCCGGUUAACAGAAAUGAUGUCAAUGGAAUAUUGUGUUCAUUGGAUUUGAAAGUAGAGUUCCUUCCUACAACUCUAUUGACUAAGUUAUUGGUGAAUCAAAUCCUCAGUGGUGUCUUAGUCCCCCUGUAUAUUUGUUUUUUUUCCCCUUUUAAUUUAAAGAAGCACUUUUGAUACUGUGAAACUUUUUUUUUUUAAUCCAGAGACCAAAUAUUUUUUUAAGUGUCCAGUACCAAUUCAAGACAUGUGUCCUACAUGAAUCUACCCCAGAGGCCCCUGGCCUAGCAUUAAGAAAAAAAUUGAUGAUCACAGGGGGGAUUUGUAUUGUCUUUUAAGAAAGAAGCCUGACAGCAUAAGAAACUACUAAGUGUAAAACAUAAAAUUUCCAAGAAGUAGUGAGUAGGUUAAUUGGCAACUUGCCAUUGUUACAUUUUUUGGUUCUUCCUAAACUCCGUUAAACAUUCUCUUCAUUUUUUACUUUGUUUUGUCUCGAUGGCCCUACUUUCCCAUAGUGGUUUUGCUCCCACAAAGGUGGGUUUUCCCACCUGCAAAGCUGGAGGCCAUUUCAAUUUAGGACACUGAACGGUGGUGAGGGCCGCGGAGAAAAACUCUCAAUAGAUACUAUCGACAGGGACAGCUUGGGGGCCGGGGGAGGAGUGAAGGAACGCCAAGAACCGAAGGAGAACAGAUUCACUCUCCACCUAAAUUUAAAAUGAACAUUGGCAUCGGAGGGCUGGACAGCUUCCUCCGUGCCACAGAGGGAAAAGAUGAUUAACUUCCACCUCUUCCCUAACCGUUGCUCCGAUCAGCCGGAGCCUCAGGAAGUAGAAAAAUGCACACAUCAGCCUGAGAUGGCAAGGUACAAUCUUGCCCUCAGCCACUGGAAUCCCAGACAAGCAAUAACUUUGCUUAAAACGGUUACACACAGACCCACAAAAACACACGUGUGUCCACAAUGGCCUGGAGUCAGGUUUUUCAAAUGAGAAACCUCAACUCUCUUCAGGUACUUAUGAGAAGGAUCUUUUGAGGUGUUUUACUUGUUCACAGGUAUUUCCUAAGGCACCACCGAGUCUCUAAAUGAAGUGUUAUCAUGCAACUGUUUUCUGUCAAUAAAACAAAGGAAUUUUCGCGAUUCGGUCAUGAGAUGUAAAGAUGGACGUUAGGUGCUGAGAGUUCAAUAAAAAAGGGUUUUCUUUGAAAAGUU